AUGAGUAAUAAGAAUGGGAUAAAUUUGGUUAAAAGGGUGGAGGAUAAUGUUUUGGGCGUUUUGAGGGAACGUGAGCGAGAGUUAGAUGAUAAGAUUUACGACUACUCUCUUAUGGAGAGUAAACUUGCCAAAAACAUGGAUGAAGAGACCCUUGAAUCUCUUCGGGAGGCGAGGCUCCGUGAGCUAAAAAACUUGUAUUAUAAGAAACAGGAAUAUAUUUCCAAAGGUUUCGGUCGUAUAACCGAGGUGUACUCAGAUAAAGAGUUUUUUGAUGCCUGUAGAAAUGUUGAUUCGGUUGUGGUACAUUUUUACAGGCCUACAACAUCCAGGUGUCAAUACUUGGAAUCUCAUCUUAUAAAGAUAGCAGAAACACACUUUGAUACUAAAUUUAUUAAAGUCAAUGUUGAAAAAACGCCUUACAUCUGUGAAAAGUUCAACAUCUGGUGCAUUCCAACUUUGAUGAUAAUAAAGGAAGGUAAAACUAAUCAUUCGAUUGUUGGAUUCAGUGAAUUGGGAGGUGAUGGAUUUUCAACUGAAACACUUGUUUCGGUUCUUGAUAAACAUGGAAUUAAACCAUUUUCAACCAAAUGA